UUUAUUGAAAGUUGUAGUUUUUUAGAUCUUGAACUAGUAGGUAUCAGUGUCUUGUGACUUUUUGACACAUGUGACAAAAGUAUUUUGAGUAGGUGAUACCAGUUAGUAAUAUACCAUGUCAUUUAGCCUCCUGGCGUAAGAGCAUCGGUCAUACAUUAGGUAUUUAAACCAGUGCCUCAUACUCAUAAAUAAUCGGUCAUCUUAACACAAUACAUAAUAUAGUGCCCACCACGAAAGUUGAACAAAAUGUACUCUAUGGAUGCUGCGUAGAAGAUUUUUUAUAUUAUGAAUAAUUGCUGCUGCGCAUCCCGGAAGUGUAAAAUUUUAGGGUCUACUGUUUUGCAGAGUAACCAUCGUAGAAAAGAAUACCACCUCCGAUACAUACGUCUACAAAAUGUUAAGUGGUCCUCUGUACAUUUCUAUUGAAAGCCCGCUUAGUAAUAUAUCCGAAAGAGUUAUUAUGAAGAUCUGAUAAAUAUUUUUUAUAUUUGGAUUAAGUUCUUAGCUAUUGUUACCAUAGCGACGACGUUACCUAGCAUUACGGCAAAGAGGCAAACAAUAAAAUGUUUUAGGACAGUGUGAAUAAAUGUAUUUAUUUACACUGAAAACAAUAUAUAUGCAGAAUGAAAAAGAGGUACUUGCUUCAUGAAAACACCGCUGUAAAAACAAGUGCAUUUUGACUUUGACCGACAAGUGACAUUUGAUCAGGCGUAAAAUGUCAUUCUAGAGACGUAGUACCUAUAGGUUAUGUUGUCUUUAUAAAGGUACAAAAUGUAAUUAGUAACAGAAAUUAAACGUUUUCGUGCCGUAUUAUCAACCAUGACAACGUCGCCCACCAGGACCAAGCAAAAAUUAUCAUUACGAAAACGUCUAUUUGUGAAGAAGUCUCCAAAAGUUGGUUGCUAUGUUGAUACGGACUUGAACGAUGAAUAUAAUCAAGCAACUUCUCGUCCGAUUUCGCCAGCGGAUCCCUUUUUAGCUCAAAGCGCCCAUAAUUCUGAUACCAAAUCAGAUCUAGCAGAUAGCCAUCAAAACUCCUGCACAGAACUACACAGUAACAACUCUAGCCACAAGUCUAAUCACUCUCACAUCGAAAGUGAUAGCAAUCAAAAAUGCUGUCGUACGUUUUUUAGGCGGUCCCGUCCUCGAAGUCUCGUUGAAGGCCAACCUCCCAAAGAAGAAUCACAAUCAAAACCAUGUAGUCCAAUAAAUAAUUCAAAUAAUAGUUUAAGUGAGUCUAAAAGUGAAGAAAUCCCUAAAGCAACAGUUAAAUUUCCUAAAGGUGAUGAUAGCAAGAAGUGUUUCGAGCAUUCUGGUUCCUUUGAAGGUAUCAAGACAAAAAAUAAAUUAUUUGUGAAGAGACUAUCUGCCGACCAUUUAAUAACAAAUGAAUCUAAGCCAUUUUGUCGUUCUUCUUCACCUGAGAGUGAUAGAAGUAGUUCUUUAGACAGGAAACGAAGGAGCAAGUCAACUAUCACAAGGUCAACAUCCCGAGCGGGCAGUACUGACAGCCUAGCGAGAAACUCACUACUUGCUGCACAAGUCCUUCGUCUCAUACCCACACAAGAGGCUAGAGAAAGGAACUACUUAUAUGGCAGACUGGCGUCCCACUCAUUGCUGGGCGCUGCUGAGUUGGAGCAUGUCUUCCCGGACAGGGAAGUCAAGAUAUUUGUUGGCACAUGGAAUAUGAAUGGACAGGCCCCACCCAAGGAAUUGGCAGACUUCAUAUUCCCCAACCAAGUGAAACAUGUACCUGAUAUAUUUGCAAUCGGCACACAAGAGUCCUACUCAGAGAGAACAGAAUGGGAGAUCACCAUCCAGGAAGUGUUGGGACCAUCACAUAUUUUAUUACAUUCUCACUAUUUAGGAACACUCCAUCUCACAGUCUUCGUACGCCGAGACCUAAUCUGGUACUGUUCGCUCCCAGAAGAUGCCAACCUAUCCGUGCGGCCGGGCACAGCUUUCAGGACGAAGGGCGCCGUAGCCAUCUCAUUCGCUUUAUUUGGCUCGACCUUCCUGUUCGUCACCGCACAUUUGACGGCGCAUCAGGAGAAGGUCAAAGAGAGAGUUUCCGAUAUCAAACGGAUCAUCAGGUCUAUUGAUUUGCCGAAGAAUUUGCCGUGCCGACAUAGGACUAAAGAUGUGACAAGCAACUUUGAUUACGUGUUCUGGUGUGGCGACUUGAACUUUCGGCUCGGCGAGCCACGAGCGGCUGUACUGCGCUGGAUAGAGCAGACGCAAUUUCCCCUCCCACCGUACCUCCCUCACGGGCUCCUGCACGCGGACCAGCUGACGGCGGUGCUGGAAGACGGCGCGGCCUUCAGAGACUUCAGGGAAGCCCCGAUUACAUUCCCGCCUACUUAUAAGUACGACCCGGGCAGCCAACAGUUCGACACGUCCAGUAAACAGAGGGCGCCAGCGUACACCGACAGGAUUCUCUUCAAAUCUAGGUGUACAUCGACCAGUGCCUCGUCCGCAUUCUCAGGUCUUCGGCGGAUCAGCAGCGUGCCGACUGCGUCUGGUUUGAAGUGCCUCGCGUACAACUCAGUGCAGUCCGUGUGCACCAGCGACCACAAGCCGGUGUGGGCGCUCUUCUCCGCCGCUUUGAGACCCGGGACCGACGUGGUGCCAUUAGCAGCCGGGCUGUUCAACCGCGAGGUGUACCUAGAAGGCAUCAAACGGCGGCGAGCGCUACUCGACCACGCGCCCGGCACCUCAGCGGUAUGCAGUGUACAAUAACAGUUACUGCAACAGCUACUCGGUACGGUCGCACCGGAUACUGAGCUUCAGUAAGUGUACCUCACUCUUUAGAGACGGCUCUGCCUAUUUUGUAGCAAGAUGCGUGCAGUCGCAGGGGUAUUAGGGCGAUUUUUUAUCAGAUAUGUAGUUUUGAUGUGAUUUAUUUAUUUCACAUACAUUAGAAGCAAAACAGUACAAAAACUGACUUAUGCCUAAGAGAGAUUUCUCAAAGGAAAGUAUUUUCUUUCAUCUUGAAAUGAGUCAUCAAAGUGUCGCACGCAUACAAGAGGGCGCCAAUGUUAAUGACACAAGAGAUAUAUAGGUUGAACCAAAUUUUAAAACUCACUAAGUGAAUAUUAUCUUUAAAUUUGGUGAAAUUUAAAUCAGCAGUAAUUUAUCAUAGUCUCGAACCAGUUGAACUGGACUUUGAAUAACCGAAAGAAUUUCUUCUGAAUUCUUUAUUGUAACAUUUAAUAAAUAGGAUAAUGAAAAAUAAAUAAAAUUUAAAUGAACCAAAUAUAAUACGUGGUUUUAGAAAGGUUAAUUCAUUUAUUGCUUAAUUUGUCAGUUAAGGAACAACUACAUACAUCCCUUUCUUUACAAACAUGAAAAUAGUCUAAUCCAACCCUACUAUCAAUAGAGUGUACAUUAUUUAUGGGGAUUAGAUUUAACUAGUCAAAAGUUGUUCGGUGAUUAAAUAAAAUAUGUGUGGUAUGAAGAUACACUUUUAGUGAGUAAAUUGUUAUCGCUAUAUUGCGCCUGUUCUAUUUUACGCAUGGUCAUCUCUGAAAUUUAUAAUUUCUAUUAAAAAUUUAUAUCAGUGUACGAACAAACGUUAGUCGUAAACAAAUAACGGUUUACUCUUUAUUUAUAUUAGGUUCAAAAUUCUUUGGUCAAACCAAAAUAACCCUUUCAAAUUAUUAAAGUGAGAAAUUGACAAGGUUUGAAAAGGAUCUAGAAAGAGUCUACUCAACUUACAAUGUGAGUUAAUUAAUUUAUUAAUGCGCACACCAAAGUUUAUUAUUAUUUUUAAUAGUUAAUUUUACAUUUUUACAAGUUAUUUAUUUUAUUAUUAAUUUUUGCUGGGCUCCUAAGGUAGUUUAAGUCAAUAAAAAAGUGCAAUGAAAUUAAAAGACAUAGUAUUAUUAAUUAUAAUUUACGAAUAGCUUUUUUUAUGUUAUUUUGCUGUACAAUGUGCUCAUUUUAUUAACCAAAAAAAGACAAAUCUAGUCAGUAUGGAUGUUGCUAUUCAGACUACAUAACUAAAUCUAAUAAUAACUAAGUAUGUCACUUAACAAUAUAAUUUAUAGACCAAUCUAUGUAUAAUUGUGUAGCAUGUUAUACUAUGUUAAAAUACGCUUUCGUUGUGACAUAAUAUAUAAAUAUUUGUCCACUUAAUAAUCCGUCGCUUUGUAUGUUCCUUUGGAAAAAAAGCUAUAGAAUUAUUAUUGUAUAUAACAUAUAUGUAUAUUAUGAAAGAUUCCACUGUUGGUAUAUAGUGUAAAACAGUGAAUUAUGUAGCAAAAUAAGGCUAAAGCUGUUGUAGUCAAAGCAAGCUUUAUGAAUAUACGAGUAUAAUAAAAUAAGUAUGGAAUUUAAUAAGUACUUUGAAUAUUUCCUGCCUUAUAACUGUGUUAUCUUAUCAUCUUGAAAUGUUGAAAACAUUUCAAUAUGUGCUGUGAUCCAACAGUUUCUAGUCUCGUAGUGCAUUUCAAACAAAUCUUCAGUGUAUAUAUAAAUCUUUCGAAGUAGUUUGGUUAUAUAAUGGAGAAUGUCAAUUUCCAUGGGUAGUAAGUUGCAUGAAAUCAACCGAACAUAAUUUCACAUUCGUUGCAAAGAAAAGCCUACUGAUUAAAAAUCUUUAACUAAAUCUUGACCUGCGGGGCUAGCACGGCGGAUGCGUCGAUGGUUUUAUCGCACGAUAAAGUGUCAUGAUCUCUUUUCACGUCAUAAUGAUUAGCAAAACAGCUUUGUUUGUCACGCGAUAAUAACGGCUUCGCGCGUGCCAUGCUAGCCCCAUAGAAAUAUAGCAGACCUGUCAAUGAGGGCGAUCGUUUUGCGUUUUAAUAAAACGUUAUGCUGUUUUUCUAGUACUAUUUCGAUAAAUUUUUACUAAUUUAUUUGAACUAGGCUUGGUUGAUUUCUGUACGCUGAGAGGUGUUUACUCAGAAACGUGAAUGCAUCCAUCUGUGGAGUUCCACAGAUGGAUGCAUUCACGUUUCUUAGUUUGUUCGGUUAUUGUUGUGUAGUUACACCUUAAUAACCGAACAAAUUUUCUUUAAUCUUAAUGGUUUUGUUUGCAGACCAGUAUAUUAACUACAUGUCUCAAAAUAAUUUCAAGGCAUAAAGUGUAUAACAUAAGAAUUAAAUAUGAGUGUAUUUCUAAAGUUGUUAUUAACCUAGUGCCUACUUAUAAACUGUAUCUUAAUAUCUAACUAUUAAGGCUCAUUGACAGACAUCUUCUAUACACUGUUGUAUACCAUAUGUUGUUGUAUGAAGGUUCUUCCUUCUUAUUAUACCAAAUAUCUCUAGGUGUAUGUGCAAUUUGUAAUAAACAGGUACCAGUUAUUAUUAUAAUUUAGCUGUAAAUUAUUUAUUGUGUGAUUUUUACAUUAAUGGAGACAAAGUAAAAAAUAAUAAUAAUGAAGUUGCAUUAUUUUCACAAUAAAGCGAUAUAAGAUAAUAUAGACUAGUCAAUUAUAAUUGGAUAAUAAUGCGAAUUUGACGUUUCAAUUAUGUAACGCCAAGUUACAGCGGUCCAAUUACAGCACUGUACUUGUGAAUACCGACUACUGAAACUGCCACUUCUUAAAUUAUACCUGCCACCAUAUUAUGGCACGCGUGAGGCCGUUUUUAUCGCGCGAAAAACUAUCGCGGUUUGGCUUUUUAUUAUUACGCGAAACAGGACAGCGAUAGUUUUUCGCUCAACCUAGAUUUUAUAAUAUCACAUCACAAAGCCAAGCUCUUGAAUUAAAAUUGUGGAAGUAAUUUGUAUAUUAAAAUUUCAGAAGUCACUUCAAAAUUAUUAUAAGUCGUCGAGAAAUAAAGCUUCCUUUGACAGCUGUUUUAAGUCUUGUCUCUUUCACGCUAAUGUCAAAGUGAAUUGUUCUGUUUCACUGUGAAAUGGGCAUCAUAUUUCUCAAAGACUUGUGUUUUAGUAAAAAGAUAUAAAACAAAAAUAUUCGGAUGUGUUAUUGUUAGUUGGCUUAGUAAGUAGUUGUCGACUUCGACGUUCUUGAUAGAUUUUUUUUUGCAGAAGUCUGAUCAGCUUAAAGAAAUAAACUUGUACAUGAGGACUUUUUUGUAUAAGCUUAUUUACCUAUGUCAUGAAAUUUAAUGUAUCUGAAUAAAUUAGUGAGCAUAUUUAUUAAAUGAAAUCAUGAGUGUGUUAUUGUAUUUAAAAUAAAUUACUCAUGAAAGUUAUUCAUAUAAACAAAUUAGCUGACUUUUUUUACAUAUUGCAAGCUACAUAUAAUAGCUAGUAUCAAACUGUCUUCCAAACUUAGUAACUGAUAAUAAUUGUGUAAAUCUCAUCUUUGAAUAUGCUUUAUCUAUUAUAUUAAAGUAGUAUAUUUUCUGGUACAUCAAAUGCUAGUUUCUGUGUUUGUGUAAUUAUAAAUAUUUUAAUUGAUACUUUUAUAAUGUUUCAUGCAAUCUUCAUUUACCUAAAUUGUUUUCUGGGACCAGGAAAAAGGGAGCCGUUGAUGAAUUGCUUGAAACACGAAGUGUAGAAAAAGUUUCCUUUCGGUACAAUCGUUAAGUAGGCUGAUCAAAAUGAUGGCGUUACUCUGAUAUUAACAUGGUGGCAGUAUGACUGAAGCUAUUAAGAACAUUUCUAUUAAUGCACGGUUUGAUAAGCCUAAAACCGAAUUAGCCUUCCUAGUGAUAGUUACCUAAAGCAUCGUUAUCAUAUAUACAAAUCAGAUCCUAAUUAGGGUCCCUAGUAAAUCUAGAAGCAUCCAAUGGAAACAAUAACUUAAGUACUAACAUACUAUAUCAAAGACUUGUAACACAAUGUAACAAACUGCAGCAACGCCUAAUGGAUAACUAGCACGGGUAUAAUUCAGGCGUUGUGUUAGCGUCCAUUGGUCGAAUGACACAAAAUUAAAGCUUAUUCUGGUAAAGUGACGUCCCUUUAAAUUAAUAAAAGUAGAAUAAUAUUUAGCGAACAGUAAUACUUGUUGUUGUAUCGCUAGUUAUGUGUACUUGUCAUAUUUUUACAGUAUUAAAAUACAAUUUAUCAGGGAUUUCGAUAAUAGGUUCUCUUUUGUCAAUAAUGUUAUAGCUUUUUUUAUCUUCACUUACUCAUUACAUAAAUAUAUUAAGGAAAAUGUUCUUGGGUAUCUUUCCACGUGAAUUGUCUUAUUUGUCUGUUACAGAAAUUCAUUGACUAAAACUCCUUAAUCAGGUACUCAUUUUAAGUGUAAGUUAGUUAUAUGUUUCUCUAAAUAUAGUUAACUUUCCUCGCUA